CGAUUACAUCUUCAGCAGCAGGAACUUCUAGUACUUCGGCGACUUCUGUUAAGGGUCGUUAGCACCGAAUUACAUUUACAUCCCGCACUGGCACUGCCAUCCACCUUGGCUCUUUUUCUACUUGAAAAAGGCGCCCGGGAUGAUGUUCUGAGGAGUGUAAUUCUGCAACCUCUAACUCUACUGGCUCUGCGACUGCUGCUUCUGCGACGUCUGCAGCAACUACUUCUGCUUCAUCUGCUUCUAGAAAUGAUGCAGCACAUUCUUCGUCUCCACCACAAAGGAAGCACGAGCACUCCGCGACUACAUCAGGAGCAGCAGAGGUUACAACAUCUCCCCACCUCAGUAAGUCCUCUGAGAAACAAGUAGGAGGUGCACAGGAUGAGGACGUCGUGGUCGACAAAGUACAUGAUUCUGAUUGCCACAACUUUCAGGAUUUGGACCACCAUUUUCCAUCUCCUUCUACUAGGGCAAGAAAUGCACACGACUUCAUCUCUAGUAACUCUUCCCACUCUACUAACUCUUCGUCUCCGCAAGAAAUGAAGCUCCUCGACACUCCACAAAUGAAUGCACAUUCUUCGUCUCCACAAAUUGCAACAACUGGCCAAAACGGCGCAUCUUCUUCGACCAAGAGUGCCAGUCAAAGUGCCGCAUCUACUUCUUCCACCUCCAGUGCCAGUAGUCCAAGAGAGGUCGAUGCUUUCAGAGCGGCGAUGCGAGAUGUGUUCCAGCGCAUGAAAAAGCUGGUAGACGACGUUGAUGCGACUGGUAUUCUAGAUGAUGACGACACGCCGCGCUCAGCUGUAAUUUUGGAGGGGCCAAGAACAUCACUAGAAAUGAUAUCGCAAUGGUCGGCCGAGAUUACCAUUAAGGGUAGGCUAAAGGUGCUUUUCUUACCGCUUUUUAUGCCUCUCCUAAGGGAGAAAGGCAUAACAAGCGGGGUAAGCGAGCACCAAAAACCUACCUCUAGUACCAGGUCUUCAGAGGCGCAUCAGUUCGAUUCUUCGACGACUGAUUUGGACAGCUGUAAUUUUGAAGGAGGUGAUCACACGUCAUCAAGCUGCUCCAGUCGUGGAAGUACGGAGAGUUCCGAAUCUCUAUCCGAUUCCGAUUGCAUGAUAAUAGACGAGGAUGUACAACCCGAUUGCAUGAUAGUAGGCAAUGUGCCCGAUGCCGAUUGCAUGAUAAUAGACGAUGUACAACCCGUUGGUACGAUCAUAUUAGACGAUGAUGAUGAUGAUGAUGAUGAUGAUGACGUCGGACAUCACGAAAUCGACCCCGUCGGUGGCAUUGAUACGGCCCAGCAUUUGCGACCAAGAGGAGCUGCGAGCAUGCAAGGAAAUAAAGCUGAAGGACAACACGCGGGACAACACGCGAAGUUCUCUUCAUCUAGUACUUCAUCAACGGCAGAAGAUACAAGAACUGCAAGGGAAUUAAGGCUGGAUGGUUCUAAUUCAUCAUCUCGAGAGCCAGAAGUUGUGUUUCUCUCUCCCUCUUCUUCGUCCUCGUCUUCAUCUUCUUCGUCUUCUUCUUCGUCUUCUUCCUCUUCUUCUUCUUCGUCUUCUUCUUCUUCUUCUUCUUCUUCUUCUUCUUCUUCUUCUUCUUCUUCUUCUUCUUCUUCUUUUGUCGACGUGCGAAGAGGCUUCCCGUGGAAAACGUGGUCUCAAGACGUUGAUAAUUGGAUCCAAGAGGAAGCGAAAAAAUAUGACGCAGCGAUAG